UUGAGCACGGUAGACAGCACAUCCUUGUCUUGCCAUGGCAAAAAAACCGACAUUGGCACCACAGUCCUCGGAAGACUUCCGGCAUCCGACAGUCACUGCUAAAAAAGGUCUUGAUGAAGUGGUGUCCUUUACGCCUUUGAAGGUGGUAGAGGAGCUUCCAACACCUUGGCCCAGAUACCAAGAGAUUGUGACGCAGUUCGGGGCAUCUCGAAAAGUGCCAACAAAAGAUGAUUUGGUUCUGGCUGUGUCCCAUGCCUGGUCUCACCAGCUGCAUCCAGACCCUUUGGGGAAGAAGGCCGAAACAGUCAAGAAACUCACAACAGAGGCGUUGAAGGACCACAAGAUCUCGGGUGAACCGCUGCUUUUCUAUGAUUUCAUGAGCAUGAGCCAGAACCCCUUCGAGCCUGGACAGCCUGAGCGCAGUGCCAAAGAGCAACAAGACUUUCUUCAAGCCAUCGCGGCAUUGCCAGAAGUCUUCUUCACAGCAGAUGCAGUCUUGCACGUCGAUGGAGAUUGGCCCGAUUUGGAGGUUGAAAGGACUCGUGACUAUGCGACCUGGCGGACGCUCUUUAGAGUCCCCACAGGUGUUCCUUGACUUGUUGCCUUUGUAAUUGGCCACUGCAGGUCCGAUGGUCAGAGCUCUCCGA